AAUUCCAUUUCACCGGAAGCUGUAGGUUCGAUUGCUCGUUGCUUUUACUACGGAUCCGGUGAACUUUCCGUGCGAGAAGCGAGUUGAUAUCGAUUUGGUUUGUGUGGGUGUUCUGCCCAAGAUGUCUUUCCCUCCUCAUCUCAACCGGCCACAGAUAGGCAUCCCAACGAUGCCGCCAGGAAUCCCUCCACCACAGUUUGCUGGGUUUCCACCGUCGAUGCCUCCUGGAACCCCAAUGAUUCCUGUCCACAUGGGCAUUAUGACUCCAGCCCCUGCGCUUUACACGCCCAUUUCUGGAGUCUUUUUCAAAUCUAAGGUUCUGGUGCCCACGGCGAUGCCUGUGGUCAGUAAAGUCGCUGCUCCCAGGAAGGAAAGCGCCGCUCAGGCAAAAGACAGCAAUGACGGCAGCGGUCCCACGACCACCGUGUUUGUGGGCAACAUCUCUGAGAAAGCGUCUGACAUGCUCAUUAGACAGCUGCUGGCUAAAUGCGGUUUGGUAUUGAGCUGGAAACGAGUUCAGGGUGCCUCAGGGAAACUCCAAGCGUUUGGUUUCUGUGAGUACAAAGAGCCAGAAUCUACUCUACGAGCUCUACGGCUGCUACAUGAGCUGCAGGUCGGAGAAAAGAAACUUCUGGUCAAAGUCGAUGCCAAAACCAAAGCACAGCUGGAUGAGUGGAAAGCAAAGAAGAAGAGCACCAGUGAAAAUGGAAAUGGCAAGGCGGAGGAUGGUGCUGGUGAAGAGGAAGAGGAGGUUCUGGACGAGGAAACUAAGAAGCGCGACCAAAUUGUGAAAGGUGCUAUUGACGGCCUGAUCCGGGAGUAUUCAAGUGAGCUAAAUGCUCAGUCUCAGGACGAUGAGUCGAGUCGCCGCAAAAAGAGGAGGGAAAAGAAGGACGAGGAUGACAUCAGUGCCAUGGAAAUGGAGGAUGACAAAAGAGAUCUGAUUUCCAGAGAGAUCAACAAAUUCCGUGAUACGCAUAAGGUAAAACACUUGCUAAUUUCCUCCAUAUCACAGGUAGAGCACAGCAGCCUCUCACACCUAGUUUAGUUUGACAACACACCAGCAUGAGUAGAUGCUAUUUAGCCUGACAAUUCCAUUUAGCUCAGCAAAACUUGUAUUGCAUUUAAGCUUUGAAUUUGAUGAUAUAGUGCAGAAAUCAGUUUAAGACUAGGCCUCAUUUGGGCCCAGAGCCUUUAUAUAAGUGGCUUGUGUAAACUUUAGCGUGACCUUCAUGUUAAGGGUGGGAAAUGUAGUCACACAUACAAUGCAUGGACGUUCUGUGCACUUCCCUAAAAGCUAAUCUAUUCAUUAAACCCCACCAUUAUGAUAGAGAUCAUAUGGUGACUAAACCAAGAUGAAUCUCUCAGCUUUGGAAAAAGUUGCAAGGAUAGGAUGUAAGUAUGAGCUUUCCAUUUUUCUCUACUUGUACUGGGCGCCCCCUUCUGAAAGACUCGCACAGGGGCAACUGCACCGACUCGCUCUGAAGUUCAGCUCGUUCGUGGUUUUGAUAUCGAAACGCAUAUGAGGGCGUUGACUUAUAUCUGCCGUGUUUAGCAAAGGGACUCGUUUUCUGGUUCUCGGAGACACGGGCGGCCAGUGAAGCUGUGUGGGUCUGCUAGUAAAAGUGAUGUUGGUGCUAUAAUGAAUACUGCUGACUUGAAUAACAGUGAAUUGGCCCAUUCGGCUCUUGUGAAAGUAGGGGGCGCCCCUCCACAGCACACGGACUUUCUGAAGACUCUACAGGUAUGAGUUUUUGUGAUUGAGUUUGCCAUCACUUCUCUUCAUUCCUGCCUGCUUGCGCUCUUAACUUUUCAUGUUUCUAUGUACGUGUGUGUUUGUGUUUAACAUGUUGCAUCGCUAAAGUCGCACUUUAAGUCCCGGAAAACGGCGUCUAAUGUUUUAUUUUUAACACUGGCCUCAUACUUUACGCUACUUUAAUUCGUAACUCUAGCCUCGUAACGUUAAAUAUUAAACUUUGACACGUCACACCGUAGCAGACAAAAGUUUAAUCUACUUUAAAUCUUUUUUUUUUGGUCUUUUGUGUGACAAUACAGAUUGAAUAAUAACAAGGUGAAGAUAUUGUCCAUUAUUGAUCCCUUUAACAAUCCAUAUUGCUUCAGAUAGACCAAAAAGAAAAAAUUAAAUUAAUAAUUAAUUUCUAAGUGAAGCACAGUAGGUACAAAACAUCAGCAGAGGAUAAAGAAAAGCUGUGACAGAUUAACAUAAAAUAAAAUAAAUUCUCUUACACGCGAUCUCUUGAAGCAUCUGGAGAUGAUGCUAGUCUCUCGGUUUGCUUGACUGGGUCUCACUGGAUUAUUACAAUCAAUGGCUAAACUAAUGUUUGGAAAUGUAAACCGAUAUUUCCUACUGACACACGACAGCAAAAGAUAGAAAUACAUGACUUAAAUCCGUUUUUAGCUGCUGAAAAUACUAGUGUUUAAUACUAGAUGUGGUGUGUCGGGACAUUCUGGCUACGCACAAUUAUUUUUGUACUAUUAUAAUAAAAAUAUUUUUUAAAUAAUGUAU